AUGAACGUGUACUCCAGCUCCAGGCACUCUGAAGGUGUAGGUGGUUACUCCAUUAAGAUUGCUGUGUUUCCCUGGGCUCCCUGGGUGGUGGAGCGCAGCAGCGGCUAUGGGGGCGCGAGCUACGACUUCUUCGUAGAGUCCCUCAAGCUGUUCAUCCCUGAGCCGACCGUGAGGAUCAUCCCUGGAUGGGCCACGGAACAGUCGCGGCAGGUGUUCAGCAGUUCGUACACAGCUUGCGUUCACGACGUGGCGAUAGGGAACUUUGACCUUUGCAUCGCUGACCUGUGGCUGACGCCUGAGAGAAAUCAGCUGUCCACCUUUGUGCCACCCAUACGGCACGACUACUUCUACUUGGUGGUGCCAAAGGAGAAGAAUGAGAUCACCUUCUGGACCCGAUUACAGGCGCCGUUCUCACCAUUCACGGGCGACGCCUGGCUGAGCGUCCUGUCCUUCGUUUGUGGCAUGUCUGCGCUCCUUUGGUUGGUGCGUCUUUGGGAAACUGGCUUCUUCUGUAACCCCUGGGGCAGGAUCUCAUGGAGCUUGGUGGAGUUUGGGAAGUUCCAAUUCAAGGUAUGGCAUGACUUCCUUUUGGGCACGAGCAGCCAUGAGUCUGAGAAGGGCCUGGCGCAUCAGCUCUUUAGCGUUGCUUUCGCCUUUUUUGUUUUGGUCACGCUUGCAAGCUACACUGCUAGCCUCGCAUCGAUGUUGGUCAUCCGACGCAGCGAUGUUGGCACCAUUGCUGACAUCCAGGAGGCCAUCGACCAAGAGGUGACAAUCUGCAUACCAACAGUGUUGUCCGCCACCUUCGAGAGCAUGUACCCCUUGGCAAAAUUUGAAAAGACUGGUUUUGUCGAGCACUCCCCUCGACUAAUGCAUGCAGGGAAGUGUGGGGCCAUGGUAUUCACGCAGGACCUAAUAGAUUACAUGUAUGCGGGAGGCAUCAAGGAUGCAGACUGCAGUUCUGGUCUUAGCGAGGAGGUAGCGCGAUGUCACUACGAUUACUUGGGGAACGAGCGGGAUGACUGCAACCUGAUUCGCACCGGGGAACUGCUCUGGAGCGUGCCGCUUUCCUUUCCAGUGAGUGAUCGGAUUUCGCACAGUAUGUCCUGGGCAUUUACAACGGGACUGACAGGAGGUCUGCUGGAAGAGAUGAAGGAGAACAAGUUGAACAAGGAUGAAUUCCCGGUGUCGCGCUGCGACACGGCUGUCCAAAGUUCCGGGGGCGGCAUCACGGCAGAUGAUCUGAGUGGCACAAUCUACAUCUCCGUUUUUAUUGCGAUCCUCGGGCUGCUAUGCCUUGUUGGCAAGGGUCUCCGAAAGUCUUCCGCAGCCGCAGCCAGCCAUCCACCCGAGGCCAGCAAGGGAGCCGGCAACCUCUUUGGCACGCCCCAAGAAACUUGGGGUGCGACUGCGGAAGCCUCGGCCGUAACAACAGACCCGGGUGAUUGGUUGCUUCUGCCCCCUGAUGCAGCCACCUGGGCCACUGGGCAAGCAAGCUCGGCAAAUGUGAAAGGAAAUGACACAACAGCCACAUGGGCCUUGACCAUAACCAUCGCAUCAUCCGACGCCCACAAAGGUAGAGCUGAUGACGGUUCUGUCCGCAGCAGAUUGUCACAGUGCCGCGCCUGCAUUUUCGGCAUGAAGUACAAGUACUUUGCCGAUGUGGUGGAGGAGUUCCUGAAAGAGAACAAGAAAAGAGAAGGCGUGAUCGCCUUGAAGUCCGGUCUGCAGUACAAGGUCCUAAAAAAGGGCGACGGCAAGUUUCAUCCGAAGAAGGAUACGACGUGCAGCUGCCAUUACGCUGGAACCACCUUAAGUCUGACGCCCAAUGCCAUCGACAUACCAGAGGAUCAGUGGUCCGAGUUCGACUCCUCCUACAAGAGGGGCUCUCCUACCGACUUUGCCCCAAACCAGGUCAUCAAGGCCUGGACAGAGGCAAUGCAGCUCAUGGUCGAGGGCGAUAAGUGGGAGCUCUACAUCCCUUCCAAGCUUGGGUACGGCGACCAGGGUAGCGGUCCAAAGAUCAAUGGUGGUGAGAUGCUUAUCUUCAGAAUGGAGAUGUUGAAGAUCGUCGGCAGUGGCAAAGUGCGUGCCGCAAAGUGCGAUCUCAAGACACGGGAGAACUGCGAGUCCAACGAGGUUGCCCUGCUAGACGCCUGGGCAAAGAGUCCUCAGGCCGAGGUGGAAGCAGAGGUUGCCAAGCUCGUUAAGCAGACGGAAGGCACUCUGAAGGCCGAUGCCCGCGAGAAGGCGACCUUCACUUUGAAGAUGCUGAAGCAAAUCCUCAAAGCCAAGCCGUCAGAUCUUGAGGAAGAAAGGCGAGGAGCUGUGAUGCUUCACGAGAGGUCCCGGUCAAGUUUGUGA